GGUGUCCAGAGUGGACCAACUGGUAAUUUCCUUACUGUCAGGGUCUGGCACCAGCCUGGUACUUGCAGUUGUUAAAGAGCAGGAUAGAUGACUGCUUUGUGGUACUCUGGAAGGUCUGAUCUACUUCCUUCAUUAUCCAGCUGACCUGGGGCUGAGCAUGGGCAGGUGGUCCUCAAGGAACAUGACUAGAAAGAGACAGCCUGUCAAGGGGAGAGGGGCUAUAACAACAAUAAGUAAGUACCAGGGUGUCACUGUUUACAAAACACUUUUAUUCUCUUAAAGGUUGAAUCCAACCCUCCUCCAGUUCAUAUGAUGAAGUCCUAAUCCCCAAUACCUUAGGAUUUCUUUGGAAAUAGGGUGGUUGCUGAUGUAUCUAGGUAAGAUGAAGUUAUUAGAGUCGGCCCUACCCCAGCAUGACGGGCGUCUUUGUAAAAAGGAGGAAUUUGGAGGAAGGCAUGUGGAAGUGGAAGUCCUGCAGCAGGAACAGGCUUGGAAAGACCACCUCAGAGCACUCAGAUGGACCACAAGGCCUACACCUUCAUUUUGGACUUCGGGCCUCCAAAGCCAAGAGUUGCUGAGAGUGUCAGAGGAGACAAGACAGCGCCAACUAGUGCCUACAGUCCUUGGAGUCAGGGUCAGCGGCCGCCGGAGUCCAGCGGGGGUCGGCUGGGGCGUGUCCGGGCGGGGGGAGCGGGGCCUGCUCGGCGCUCCGCCGGUCGGCUCUGCGCUCGGCGCUCGGCCGGUCGCCCUGCGUACGCUGCGUCUGGGGCUCGCAGGCUCCGGUGCCGUCGUCAUGUCGACCGCCAUGAACUUUGGGACCAAGAACUUCCAGCCGCGGCCGCCGGACAAGGGCAGCUUCCCGCUAGAUCACUUCGGUGAGCGGUGGAGGUCGGCGGGCAGGGUCGUUCGUCCGCAGGCUUGCGGGCUGGGGUCUGCAAUGCGGGCCUUGGGUCCCCGGCCAGGUCAGGACAGAGCCCCAAAGGUGGUGCUGGUGUUUGAGUAUAGGCGGGGAAACUGA